AUGAUGCCGAGACCAUUGUGCCAAGGGGGGUUCGACGUGCUGCCCCUCGAUCCUUCGCUAGGGGCCCUAUGGCUUAGGGAGAUCCUAAAGGCUACGCUUCUGAGCUUCAUGGCAAAGGCAGCUGCGUCUGAGAACCUCAGGUCCAUUGCGGGAUAUCAUAUCAGGUCCGCGAAUUCUUCCACUCUUGAGUACUCUCGGGAUUCGAUGGCACCAUCGUUGCAUUUUCUUGAGGGCAUGUUCAUUGCUAUCAAGGGUGGCAUUUUCGCUCCAGAUUCGACCAGGGCCGGAAGGUGGACAGGAGGCAUUCGCUCCAUUGAGGAGGCUCUCCGUUUCCUGUCUGGGGUUCAGCCGGACCCACCAGACGAUCGUCCACCGCCGGCGGACGCGCCGGAAAUCGAGCCUGGGGAUCAGUCAGAUCCUGAGUCCGCUGCUGAGAGUAUCGGAACGGAGGGCGAGGCUGAUGAGGCCGUUGCUUCCGCAUUUUUCUUGGGUGAGGAUCUGAACGUCUCUGCUGAGGCCCGAAGUUUUGUCAAGUGUUUUAGGCAUCGUAUGAGUGGAGUUGUCCACGCGGCUCGGGAUGGCCAGCCUGCUGAUGAGGGCGAGAUGACAGUCUUCAGAUGUGGACGUUUUGCAAACCGUAAUUAUGAGGAGCUCGAUGAAACUCCGGCAAUAAUCUUGCAGAAGUGCUCUUCGUGCUGGGGAGCAAGUGACUCGGGCCUUUGA